UUUAGGUGUACAACAGCUGUGAGGGAAGCAGCUUCCACGAGAUUUCAUUUUGUAAUUGAUCCCAGAACUAUGGUAUAAAUACAUUAAGAUGAGAAAAUAGGAGGUCUUCUUCCUCCUCUGAUUUUUGACGGCACAAUUAUAUUUCUUACCAUAUAGAUCAACCAUAAACACAAAUGGGUUCUAGGACAGAAGCUGAUAGUAAAUCUCAUGUCUUAUGUAUUCCAUGGCCAGCUCAAAGCCAUAUAAAAGCCAUGCUUAAAUUAGCGAAGCUUCUUCAUUCAAGAGGCUUUCACAUCACUUUUGUGAACACCGAGUACAACCACAAACGAUUUCUUAAAUCUCUUGGUCCUGACUCCCUCCAAGGCUUGCCUGACUUCCGAUUCGAAACAAUUCCGGACGGCCUCCCUCCAUCAGAUAAUGAUACCACCCAAGAUGUGUUUGCUCUUUGUAGAGCCGUCCAAGAGAACAUGUUGGCUCCAUUUCGUGACCUCCUAAAAAGGCUCAAUGAUAACGGAAAUUCCAACAUGCCCCCGGUGACAAGCAUUGUUUCCGAUGCUACCAUGUUGUCGUUCACUAUUACAGCUGGAGAAGAGCUAGGAAUUCCUGUGGUGUUGUUGUACACUAUCUCUGCUUGUUCCUUCAUGGGCAUGAAACAAUAUCAUACUGUGGUGGAAAAAUUAGGCCAUCAUCCAAGUAAAGACAUAGUUAUAGACUGGAUUCCGGGAAUGAAAGAUAUACACGUCAAAGAUCUACCAAGCUCUCCUUCGACAGCAAAUCCAGAGGAUUGUAAACUCCUUAAUAAUUUUAGCUCGGAAGCAACUAAUGGAGCUCAUAAAGCUACAGCAGUUAUAUACCACACCUUCUAUGCAUUGGAGAAAGAUGUUUUGGAUGCUCUUUCGGCUAUGCUGCCGCGAGUGUUUGCGAUUGGUCCUCUCGAGCUUCUUCUAAAUGGCAUAAAAGAAGACGCUUUGAAGCUUAAUUACAGCCUUUGGAAGGAAGAAAGUGAGUGCCUCCAAUGGCUUGAUACCAAAGCACCAAACUCGGUUUUGUAUGUGAACUUCGGGAGCGUAGCAAUGUUGUCGAAACAACAACUUGUGGAGUUUGCAUUUGGACUUGCAAAUAGCAAACACCCUUUUGUGUGGAUAAUUAGGCCAGAUUUGGUAAUUGGUGAAUCAGCCAUUUUGCCACCUGAGUUUGUGAAUGAAACUAAAGAAAGAAGCCUAAUUGCGAGUUGGUGUUCACAAGAGGAACUUCUUAAUCACCCAUCAAUUGGAGGGUUCUUAACACACAGUGGUUGGAAUUCAACCAUUGAGAGUUUGUCUUCUGGUGUUCCAAUGCUGUGUUGGCCGUUCUAUGGGGACCAACCGAUGAACUGUCGAUAUACUUGCAAGGAAUGGGGGAUCGGAUUGAAGAUUGAUAAUGAAGUGAAGAGAGAGGAAGUAGAAAAGCUUGUUAGGGAGCUGAUGGAAGGAGAAAGAGGUAAAAACUUGAAAAGGAAAGUCAUGGAGUGGAAAAGACUAGCUGAAGAGGCCAUUGCUCCGGAUGGCUCUUCAUCCAAAGACUUUGAUAGUUUGGUGAGGCAGUUCCUUUAAUUUCAUGAGAAUGCUACCUAGCUCUCUCCGGAAGAACAUAUUAAUAUUAUUCUUGAUACGUUAGUUUCCACAGUGAUUAUUAUUCUGUUAUAUGAAUUGAAUUUGUUAUCAAUCAUGUAUUGUUAUAUAUAUAUAUAUAUAUAUGAAUAUCUGCAAGAAAAAUUUCAUUAGUAACAAUAUUUGUAAUGUCAAUAUGAAUGUUCCCACUAUAUGUAGUUUUUUCUUGGCCAUGUGUUGUAGUUGCCAUUGAUUUUCUUUAGCAAAAAUGUUGUGGGCAGAAAUAAAAGUUACCACAUAUAAAUGCCACUAAAGACAAAAUUAAGCUGCAAAAACACAGUUUGCCAUGGAUUAUAUUGUCGCUAAAUUGUUGAAAUUUUGGCAAAAUUAAACUAGUGCAACUGAUGCCAAAUAAUUUAGUAGCAAGACUAAUUUAUCGCCGGUAAAAUAGAAAAUGAGAAAAUAAAGUUCGUCUCGCGGAUAGGACUAAGCCACCGUAAAAGCAUAAAACUAAACCUUCUCUCUCACCCUCCUUGUACAGUAGCCCGCUUCUCUCUCCCUCAUCCUCUUUGUCUAGGAAUCUGAACUCAAUCUCUGCCAUUCUGAUUUCCAUUGAAGACUUAUUUCACAGAGCGAACAAUGGUAGCUUCUUCGGACAGGAAUUUGAUCGGGGGUUGUUGACGGUGGACUGCAGUUCUGCAAUUUGUGAUGGUUUCGGGUCGUCACCGACUGUCAUUGUUUCUUCAAUCUCCAAUCUCUGACUUUCACUGUUUCUGCAAUUAUGAUGCUUAUGCUUAUGCUUUGCUUUCCACGCUUGGCUCCGGAUUUGGAAGGCUUAUGAUUUCCACGCUUGGCGUCGCCUCCAUAAGCACUUUCAAGGUUUUGGUAGAGCGAGGAAGUGAAGUGGGCUUAUACAUGGUAAGUUUAUGUUAGGCAUGCAGAAUACGAAAUUACAGGAGGGACUAGGGUGUGUUGUUUUUCAAGGGGAGAACACAUGUUGGCAAUGGAGGCAGAGCAGAGUUCGCUUGCUGGAAAUGGAGAUUUGUAGUGUGAACCUAAACUUCUUGGGAAGAGUUCAAUGUUGGAUUUAGAUCUCACAGACCAAUGGUUCUUGAACGAGCAAAAGUUGGUCGCUACUUACCAAAUUUUGAGAGUAACAGUCUAUACUAAUUGCAUUUUAGUAGAAAACACAUUUAGAUGACUUCAUUGGCCCCUGCCCUGUUACUCAUUGUUAAUGCUGAUAUUAUAGUCUUGCUUGCUAAAUGUAAGUUUUUACUCAUUGUUAAUAUUAUUACCACAUAGGUAUAUAUAUUCUUACUUCGCAAAUUUGUAGAAUAAGAAGGCAAGGCUCCUCCUUUCUCUUGCACUGGGCUCUGUUUUGUUCUAGAGUUUUGCAGUAUGGCUCCUUUGGUUCUACCAUGCGAAGGUACUUUAAGUCUUCCUGAUAUUUGAAGUUUGAACAGUUAAUCAGCUUAUCAAGAACAGUUGUCGAGACUUUCUAAGGCAGAGGCUUUGGAUGUCCUAAUUUCAGGGAAGAGAACUUGCAAGCGUCAAUUCUGAUAUCAAAAACUCACAAGCUAGGUUGAUGACAUUGGUUGUACCAUAAGAAAGCUGCAAAUGUGACCCAAGAUUUCGUUGUUGGUGCCAACUAAGUGUAGAGGAUAAAAUGCUCUGCAGGAGGUUGAGGAUCAUACAUGUUGGGAUUACGGUUGUCGGAGAUGUUGCUAUUAAUUUAUAGGGUGCUUUUACGAUUCCAAUUUAAAAGAUGUGUCGUGUUUUAGCUGCUAAAUUGCUUGCUAUUAGGAAGUAAUAAAUUUUUGUUUGCGGGAA